UUGAACCGGACACUGGGAACUGUGGGAUCAGGGCACGCCACACAGUCACACAUCCCUGGCUCAGUGGCUCCCUGCAUCGGUUCUUCACUUCUUCUUCGUCGUGCUUCAUUCCUUCUUCAGCCCAGUCAGCCACGGCCGCCACCAAGCACCAGCCUCACGAGUCACCGCCACGAAUCGCAGCUCUCAGCUUUCCUCGCAGCCUCGCACCAGUCACCACCACGAUUCGCAGUCUAUCGCCGCGCUCGUCACCCACCGGAUCUCGCUGGUGCUCUCAUCUCUUAGACUCUCGCCUUGCUCACCUGCCAGAAGCUCCUUGCCGUCUUCGUUGACAGUUGCUGCCGCCGGCCACCAGCACGUCGUCGUUCAGUGUUGCCAGAAGCGGAGCAUUUCAGUUUCUGACUUUCAGAUGGCAUCAGCAUCAGAGAAGUAUGCUGCAUUUGAGGAGAAAGUGAGUAGAACAGUGUACUUUGAUAACCUUUCACCACAGGUCACUGAAUCUGUCUUGAGAACUGCUGUUGAGCAGUUUGCAACCGUUAAAAGUGUGAAGUUUAUUCCCAAUUACCUUGGACCAACCAAUCUGCCACAGUGUGCAUUGAUAGAGUUGGAUUCUUCCAAGAAGGUCAAGGAGGUUGUCUCCAUGAUACGCCAGUAUCCCUUCAUGAUGUCCGGGAUGCCACGACCAGUAAGGGCUCGUCCUGCCGAGGCAGAAAUGUUUGAUGAUCGGCCCGAAAAGCCGGACAGAAAGAUCAAGUGCUGUUGGUUGGAUCCGAGUGACCCGGAUUUUGAGGUGGCGAAGGACCUGAAGCGUCUUACACGCAGACACGCUGUAGAAGCUGAAUAUGUUCACAAACUUCAACUACAAGAAGAAAAGAAGCUUGCCGAACAACAAGGGGAAACGCUUAAUAUGCAUUACAAAAAGUUCAAAUUAGUUGACAGCAUUAUGGCUGAUGGAACUGCCAAGCAUCUGGCAAAAAGAUAUAAUCUGGGUGUUGCAGAUGAAUGAAGGCUUUUGGGCUUAACAGUUUAUGUAAAGCCUCAUGCUGCUAAUUCUACCAAAGAAACAAGUUGUAAAUGGUAUUUAUUAUUUAACAUGCUUUGAUC